UGCCAAAAGUUUCAAGGUUUGUCGGUAAGCCAUGGGCUUCCAACAACAACAACAAUAUGACAUUAUUAGAUGAAUUUGACAAAAUAGAAAAUCUUAAAUGACAAGUCGUCAGAUGUGUUGUGGUGAUUUGGUGAAAUAUUGUACAACAAAUUUAUAUGGUUAUAUGGCGAGGUGCCUGAAAUGGUGCCCAGUGCAAAAAUCAUUCCAGGCUCGUGAAGAAAUUGUGAGGUUAGGUGUACGUAGGUACGGAGAAAAACACAUCGCAUGGGAAGCAUGUCUAUCAACGAGGGGAACGACAAAGCAAAGAGGCAGGUCUCUGAAUAGCUACUUACUUAUUUUUAUGGUUCCCUUCAGCCAUAUUCUCACCAGUCCGGAAUCCGGCAAGACUUUUGGGGUGGUAUAAGGUCGGAUUAAGUACAGUCCAAGGCACCGGGCGUUAGUGCGGCUAUCAAUAUCGACUCCUACAGGACCCUCUUGCUGCCGAGGCACGCAGAUAACGCGGAGGGAAGGGCAGCGAACGGCAUGUUCGCUCUGCUGGCUAUUUCAACUCAUACUGAACUCGCGCGGGCGCCUCUGGCGCUGGCGCCCUUGGCCAGCUGACGUGCCUAGAACACCCAGAGGCCAAGAGCGCAUACUGCGACGGGCUGUUCUCUGAUUGGCUGGUACAGUUCGCUAGAUGUACGGGAAGGAAAUAACUUUUUAUGGAUGAUGAGUGACGUAUUUGUCGCUGGAAAAAAUGCCUUACAGUCUCACCUCAAUUCCUGUGUGGGGCUGAAACUUAAACCUCGCUGAACACUUGACGAACACUCAUUGACUGAUGGAGGCUAGUGGUGUUAGUCGCGUGUCUACUCCAUAGCAUACUCUUCUGUACGUCAUCUGCCCUGAAAUUUGCCGCCAAAAUAUCUGUUGUGUUGUUGUCAUGUGUGCCUGCGGUCUGCGGUUCUUUUACUGUAAAAUCUGUAUCACCUUGAGAUCAAGUUUGAAGUGUUUUGUAUUUUAAUGCCUGCUGUUCAACAAAUAGUUUUAUCGUUGGUGUAGUUAAAAGAUUCGAGAAUGAGUGAUUCUAUUGCAUCUGGAAGGCAGAAACGCCAGAAACUUGAUAAGAAUGGGAAGUUUGCAGCGUUACAAAGAUUGAAAGAAUUAAAAGGCAGUAAAAACAAGUAUGAAGUAUCUGAUGUAGAUCGCGUCUAUGAAGAAGUGGAUGAAAGAGAGUAUGGCAAAAAGGUCUUGGAGCGUGCAGAUGACUGGAUUGUCGACGAUGAUGGCAGUGGUUAUGUUGAAGAUGGGCGUGAUAUUUUUGAUGAUGAUCUGGAUGAUGAAUCUAUUUCCAAAAGUUCCAAAAAUCAAACAACUUCUUCAAAGAAGGCAUCGCGUCACAAACUGGCUGAUUCCUCAGAGAAUAAAGGGUCCUCCAACAUUCGUAAUAUGCUCAUGAGCAUGCCUGUUAAAAGGAAAGUAGCUAAUGUAAAAUUAGAAGAUGAUGAUGUUCUCGGAGACAUCAUGUCUGAACUCAACAGUGAACGCAAUUCUGAUGUCCAGAAUGAGGCGGUAGAAAUGUCUGCAAGUGAUUAUCUAAAAUCAUUCAGGAAAAAUGUCAAGAUACCGAAAAUGGAACUACCUCCUAAACCCAAACAGGAACCGAUCAAAGCCAAGCCUAUUGUGAAAAAUGAUAUUGUUGUGAAGAGUGAACCUAUCAGUCCUGAGAAAAUGGACAUUGAUGUUACAGAAUCCCAACGCAUUGAUGACUUUGAUUCAAAUGAUGGCUUCCCCACUGAUAUUCCUGAGUGCUCAGCCAUUUCAGCUGCAAAUGAUGUAAAUUGGGAAAUAGAAGACUUUGACUCUCAAGAAUUAGGCAAGGUCAUGGACAAUGUAAACAGCAAGUCUUUGAAAGCUGACUCCAAAAUAAAAAUAAAAGAAGAGCCAGGGGUUAUUCCUUUCAAGAUUGAAGAAAAUUCAGAAGAUGUUGAUGUGAAAAGUGAAUCAGGUCUUACAGAUGAACAAAUGUCUGCUUUGCCUAUGCCAGUUUGGGAGGCUUCAAACUCAGCAGGUCCAGCUGAAGUAUCUGUAGAUCUCUCAAAACUACCUCUCACAACUAAUGAGAAAGGAGAUCAAGUUUUACGCCUCUUCUGGUUGGAUGCAUAUGAAGAUCCAUUCCGCCAGCCCGGAAUUGUAUAUUUAUUUGGUAAAGUUUGGAUAGAAACUGCAAAGUCCCAUGUCAGCUGCUGCGUAGCUGUUAAAAAUAUUGAUAGAAGAAUCUAUUUGUUGCCUCGUGAGGAGCAAAUGGACUUGAAGACUAAGAAAUCAACAGGCAAACCUGUUUCUUUAACAGAUGUUUAUAAUGAAUUUAACAAUGAAAUCUCAAAAAAAUUCAAACUUUCUACAUUUAAAUCAAGGAAGGUUACGAAAAGCUAUGCUUUCAGUCUUCCUGAUGUUCCUGCUUCUUCUGAGUACUUAGAAGUAAAAUAUCCUGCAUCGUGUGGUGCUUUACCAAGUUCUCUAGAAGGUUCAACUUUUAGUAGAGUAUUUGGAACCCCUACUAACAGCUUAGAGCUGCUCUUGAUUGGAAGACGUAUCAAAGGCCCAUGUUGGCUGGAUUUGUGUGCUCCUGAACCUGUUAAAAAUCCUACAAGUUGGUGUAAAGUUGAGGCUUGUCUUUCAAAACCAGAACAUGUAUCUGUCUAUUCUGGAAAACCUCUGCCACCUCCACCAAUAGUUGUUGCGUCAUUGAGUAUGCGCACUGUUGUGAAUCCAAAGACACAUCAAAGUGAGAUUGUCAUGAUUGGUUGUCUUGUUCACCAUGAAUUUCACUUGGACAGACCUGCACCCAAUCCUCCCUUUCAACAGCAUUUCUGUGCUUUCACUAAACCCUGUGACAUGGCUUGGCCUCUUGAUCACAAAGAUGCUGCUUCGCGUUUCACUGCCACAAAAUUUGAAAAGGUUGAUUCUGAGAGAGCUUUAUUAGGUUUUUUCCUGGCAAAAUUCUUUAAACUGGAUCCUGAUCUCCUUGUUGGUCAUGAUAUAUCAGGCUUUGAUCUAGAGGUACUAAUGCAUCGAAUUUUUGUUAACAAAAUUCCCAACUGGUCAAGAAUGGGACGUUUGAGGAGAGCCAACCCUCCACAAGUAAAGGGGCGAUUGCAAAUUGAAAGGAACCCUGUUUGUGGCAGACUUGUUUGUGAUGUUAAAAUUUCGGCAAAGGAGCUAAUUAGGUGUCGAAGUUAUGAUCUUAGUGCCCUAUGCGAAGCUGUUUUAAAAUUAAAAGAAGAUGAACGGCGUGAGUUGUCUGCCGAUGAAAUCCGAAAAUGUUACACAAAUUCUCGUGAAAUGUUUUUACUUAUAACAUGCACUAUGCAAGAUGCAACUUAUAUUAUUCGUUUGAUGUAUGAACUGAAUGUCAUGCCUCUUGCUAUGCAAAUUACGAACAUUGCUGGAAAUCUUCUAUCUCGAACACUUAUGGGUGGAAGAUCUGAGCGCAAUGAAUACCUUCUCCUUCAUGCCUUUACUGAGAAAGAUUAUAUAGUCCCUGACAAAGAAUAUAAAAAGAACAAACAGGUUCAAGAAACUGAUCUGGAGGUACUGGAUGAAACUGGUGGAAAUCAAACUAAGAAGCAAGGAGCAUCUAGUAGGAGGAAACCAGCUUAUUCUGGUGGUCUUGUUUUGGACCCGAAAAAGGGUUUUUAUGACAAGCUGAUUCUGUUGAUGGAUUUUAAUUCAUUGUACCCCUCAAUUAUCCAAGAAUAUAAUAUAUGCUUCACUACUGUCAAUGUAACUCACAAUUCAAAUGAUGAUAUUGAGCCAGAUCUUCCUCCGUCAACUGUUGAGCCAGGCAUUCUUCCCACAGAAAUCAGAAAACUAGUUGAAAGUAGGAGGGAGGUGAAGAAAUUGAUGAAGAACCCUGAUUUGUCUUCAGAAGUUCGCAUGCAA